AUUAAACCUUGUGUUGCAUUCCAGACUUGAAACUCGUAAAAAGUGAAAUGAUUUUUAACAAUGUAACACAUCUGAAAACUAAUGGAAUAGCGGACACAAAGAAUCAAAGUUGGUGAGCGCGCGUCCAAAGAGGCGGAGUGAAAGUGCAGACGUGGAAUAUCGCUGGCAGGCGACAGGGAGCCGAUCGCUGUGUAUGGGUGGUGUCUUCGGGCGAGCCGUAAGCCAAGUUAGACCUUUGAGAAAGGUUUCCUCAAAGACCAAAAAAAGCAUCGUUUUUUGGUAAUUUGUCUGUGAAACUCCUCCGCCGCCUGGAAGAUAAGAUCAUCGUUCGGGUUUAUUUUGUAUAAACGGUUUUUAAAACGUUUCUGAAAUUUAUUGUUUAGUAUUAGUUCCUUUAAACAUUGUUUACUAGUUUAUGGCAAUCUGAACGUUACUUGUGACGUUUAUUUUAACGGGGAAGUAAAACGGAGAAGUCCACAUGCCCAGGUUCGAUGCGUUGACUUGAACGCAGAAGAACUUCAGUCUCUGGACCACUGGCGAGGUACACUGAGGCACCAUGGGUAAUUUUAAGGGCCAUGCUCUACCAGGGAGCUUCUUCCUGAUCACGGGGCUGUGGUGGGCAGGGAAGUUCUCCCUGUGUUAUGCCCUCCGCAGGAGCAGGAGCAUGGGACGCCUGGCCAGCAAGGUCGUGCAGCGCCGUGUCGAGGUCUGUGAGGCCUCUGUCAUUCUGGCCUUCUCUGUGAUCGGCAUGUUGGCGGAGCAGUUUGUGUCCGAUGGGCCCCAGCUGCAUCUCUAUGACUACGCUGAGCACCACUGGGACCGCCUCAUGAACUGGCAGCACGCCACCAUGUACCUGUUCUUUGCCCUGGCGGGGGCCGGCUCGCUGGCUAUUCACUUGACGGAUGCCGCCCCCCUUGCGUUGGACCGGCUGCUGUUGGGCAUUGCAUUUUCCACAGAGGGCUUCCUCUUCUUCUACCAUCUCCACGGCCGCGCCAUGCUGGACGUCCAUGUCCACCAGUUGCUGCUGUACGCCAUCGUGGGCGGGGCCUUCACCUCCGUCUUGGAGGUGUUUCAUCGUGGGAACGUGGUGCUGGAGCUUCUCCGGGCUGCACUCUGCGUGCUUCAGGGCAGCUGGUUCUGGCAGAUCGGCUUCGUGCUCUACCCCCCCAGCGGCAGCGCCGAGUGGGACCUGAAGGACCCCAACAACAUGAUGUUCAUCACCAUGUGCUACUGCUGGCACUUGGCCUGCGCCCUGCUCAUCGCCGGCUUGGUGUACAGCAUCAUGUCCUGGCUGGUGCGUUCAAGGAUCAGGAAGAUGCCCACCAUGGAAAUGGGUCUGCUGAAGAGCAGAGAGAGGGAGCAGGAGUCUGAGGACGAGAUGUAGCGUCUGCGUUGGCGUAUGCAUCAGUGGCCAAACGUUACGCACGUUUCCACAGCCGCACACACAAGCACUGACCAUGAAACAUCCCACACACAUUUAAACCAAAACAGAAACAGUCACCCUGACAAACACCUCUGUCACGAUCAAGCAUUCCGUCUACAAAUUGGAAACCAAGGGAGAUGGACACAGUCACUUUCCUCAUUUCAAUACAGUGUGUUAUUAGUUGACAGACACGCCCCUCAGCUCAGGUCCUUGAAUUAGCCUCACA